AUGGAAAAUACUAACAAGAGAACCCUGACAUUGUUGUCUUCUUUCCAAAUUGCGAUAUCCGUCUUAUUUUUCGUUCUGGGAUUGGUGGACAAACUUGAAAUCCGCUAUCUGUAUGUUAGCCUCGCGGCUUCGCCAUGUUGGAUUAUUCCUCUGGUAAGUCAGUACCUCUGAUUUCUACCUGUUUCUAAAUUUAUCAAUGACUUAACUGUUUGUAAGAUUAUAUCUCGUCAUGGAUAAAGGUUUUACUACUGCAGUGAUGGUACAAGUGAAGAGAAAACCUUCUGAACUUUUUGCUUUGGGAUCUUAUUUUGAUCUGUAUGUUUACAAGUAAUUCAUCUGAUUCGGUAGGAGUGGUCGUCUCGCUUUCACAGAGAACAGGUCAAACAACAGAAACCAAUUUGCGAAAGCUCAUAAUUGUUAUUCCAAUUAUUCUUCUAUUCAAUUACAAAACAUUUGGAAAGUGCACUUAAAAAGUUCUAUGUUUUCGACUGCCAAUGUCUCGAUGGAUCUGUCAAUAUACUUCCCGUCUUGCCGCUAAGUGUUUUCAACGAAGGGUAGGCUUGGAUAAAUUCUUCCGGCAGAAUUUCGAGCAGAAUAAGCGAUUUUUGAGGCGAGCAUUCUGCCGGUAGAAUAAAGCAUUUGCGAGCAGAAUUUGAGCAGAAUAAGGGGAAAUCAGCGGCACUAAUGAUAUGCAUAUCAGUGGAAAGAAAAAUUUAAAACAAACUAAAAAACACAGGAAAAAUAAUUACAAUUCUGCAACACAUAAUGAAUAUCUAAUUAGGUUUUAAUGGUUAGGUCGAGGCUCCCCUCUAUAUUUGCGCAAAUAAACAUGUGCCGAAAAUUUUUUUCCGAUACCGAGCAGAAUUCGAGCAGAAUAAGGGCGUCCGAGCAGAAUUUUAAGCAGAAAAAGCGAUUUUUACGAGCACUGCUGGCAGGCGGAAUAAGCCAUUUUAAGAGCAGAAUUUAUCGAAGCCUAACGAAAGUUCGGAAGCUCGUUAUGUUGGGGAAAAUGCAAGUAUGGUUACAGUAACUAGUUAUUUUAUACACAUAAAGCCUGUGUCUUUUUCCACUUAAUUGUGAACGAACUCGCCAAAUACGACAAGAAACAUCUCAGAAGUUUGAUCGACGCCGUUAUUACAGUAAAAACACGCGCAUAAGAACCUAGUGAGUUAAGAUCCUACAGGCUGGAAUUUGGCAUUUAAAUACCCAAAAAUAUAAGAACCUUUUCAGCCAGGCAAAGGAAAACAGGUUCUUAUACAAAAAUAAUCACUUCAAUUUUGAUGGUCAAAAUUCUCGAUUUUAAUUUUGUGAGAAACUUUUGACAAAAGGUUAUUGUGUAUAUGUUUUCUUUGAUUUACACUUGUUUGGAAUUUCACUAGAAGUAUGUUUUCCAUAAAGCUACCGUGCAAUAUAGACGAUUCAAUAUCUUUAAAAAAUGUAGAAACGCAUUGAUGUUCUUCUUGGACCUUGAUUGUUUGCCAUUAUGUAUUAGUAGUCAAUAUUUCUGCUAAUGGUUACGCUAAGACAACCUCUGAAAAAUAAGAACCUUUUAAGAACCUAAUCAGCCUGAAUUGUGAAAAACUACCCUAAAAUAUAAGAACCUGUUCAGCCUGAGGUCAAAAAUUCUAGGUUCUUAAAUGUGGGUUUUUACUGUAUUUGGAUUAUUCCACACAAUUUCAGCAAUUUCGUUCGUACCCUGCGCUGACAUUCCGCAAGUUGGCUUAUUUACGCAAUCAGUUGCAAACUACUCCAAUGUUAAGGAUGCGAACGACUCCGCACAUAUAAUACUAAAAGCAACUUUAUAUUGCGGUAAAGAAACCUCCGGCGCUUUUCAUUCAAAAAUUGCGGUUUGAAAUUUUUCACGUUCCCAAUGGAACGGUACAUUCCGGUUGCGCAGACCCGACCCAAGUCACCGCGCGUUUGGGUAUUGUUCUUGUAAACAGGAUUCAAAAGAGCGGUACUGGGGACAACAAUUUUGUCAACCGAAAUGACCAGACCGGUCAAAGAAGACCACCUUCAUUCCGGUCCGACCGACCGUUUGACCGACCGUUUGUUCCAUUUCAUUUCUAACCGAAAUUUCCGGAAUUUUGGGUUGAACGGAAAGCGCCCGAAUGGUAUAAUGACACAAUGACGAUGGCAAUGAUAGAAAAACAAUGUCUUUUUAAAGAGAAAAACUACAGCACUGCAAGUAGACUGCUAAACAGUCGGUUUUUUUUUCUCAAAAUCGGUUUAGCGCAGCUUAUAAGAGGCGCGCCAAGCCCAGAAAAAAAGCCUUGCUCCAGACCUUUUGUUUGACUGCUCGCGAGUACUUGAACGCCAAAAUAUGGAUUGUUUUGCAGUCGGUCUACACUGCAAGUGAAUAACGCUUUUUUCAUUAUCGUCUACAACGUGAAACGUUCUAAUGCGACGUGACGACAAGGACAACGAAUUUCCUGUCUCGUUGUAAACCUGGGCGUGGUCCUUAAAAAGUCACUUUCUACAGAGAAAUUUGGCUACAUUUAAUAAUGUAUAUUGACAAACUAGGCAAGGCUAAAUAAACGCAAUAGAUAGGUUGAAAUAAGGCAAGUUUAUUUUAGUAACGUUUUCACUCACUGUUGUCACUGCGGUAGAAAUUCGCUAUGGCUCAUGCUAAGUCAGUGAGAGUGUUACAUAAUAAAUUUUCUUUAAUGAUCUUUAUAUCAUCUAUAUACAUGUCAGCCUAACAGCCCACGUUCGAUAUGUCAAAAUUCUGACAUGGCUCCAAGGCUUUCUGGUCAUAUAGGACACUCACGCUAACGACUCCUAUUGAUAUUGAUGUGCCAACCAGAAGCGCAUUGGUUCUUUUACUAGACUUCACCUCUUUUGUUUCACUCGUUACAAAUUUAAAUAAGCAGUGAUGACCCCUAUAUUUGUCAUUGGUUUGGUCUUCUUGGUGUCUCUUCCGCGGGAAUAAAGGGGGACAAUGGAAGUCAAGUUAGAAUUUUGAUAGACCGACCGUUGGCUAAUAUACAUUUAUUUUAAUUUUUUGUUUAUUUUUCGCUUAUCGGUAUAUACAGCUGUACAUAUCCACUUCAGGAUGUGUAUAUGUCGAUAGGAGUUAUUUUGUUAACAGUGUCCCCAGUUAGCAUUUCAGCUAUAUAAAUCUUCUGAUUCUCCAACGAAAUACUUGAAUACCUAUAAAAAUAAUGUAUAUAAGUAUGUAUUUCAUUCUGUUCUUUGUAUUUACUGUUCAGACUCUUGCACAUGGCAUCAUGGGACUUGUUUUAAGCCAAAGCCGUAAAAGAUCUGCAAAUCUGGUAAGAUUUUCUCGAUAAGCACUCGUAAACGCCUGACAGACGAAAGUAAUUUGUUCAGACAGCGAAGACUUUCCAUAAGCAACGAGCGCCCCCUCUCCCAUGAGGCUUGGCGGGUUGGGAGUACCGUGGGAGCAUAAAGACACCCCUCCCAUGACUGGAGACUGAGCCUACCCCGUCUCCCCUCGACCACCACCACCACCACCACAAAACGAGGCAAGGAAAUGACUCCUGGGUUCAAACCUUUCACAAAGCAAGGCAAGCUAAUGGAUAACAAAAUGAGGUCCCUCCGAACGUAUUGAUCGCCUCGUAGAAGAAGAGUAACAUUAUCGGAGGAAACUGGAACUCGCGCUGCCUUGAAACUACAUUCAAGUGGCAGAUGCGAUGAACUUAAUUGGAGAGAGCAAAGCAAAACGGCGGUCGUCGCUUUCGAAAGUGCAUAACAUGUCCCCUUUAGUUUGGGCUAGAUAACUCCGUUCUCUUCUCCUCCUACCCUCCCCCCUCCCCCAAAUAUGUUUUAUCACGCGUCAUGGCGUUCUUACUAGCCAGUUUAUUUUUAGAACGUUUUGACGCGAACUUAAAAUAUUUUGCCAAGUCCCCCAAACCAGUCAAAAGCUACAGAACUGAAGUUGGUAUUUUGACCUUUUAAUGGCGUGUAGUUCUCCGUAUGCACGCCUUAUACUUCAAUAGCGGACAACCGCAUUAUGUCAAUCUAAAAAUAAACGCCGUGACGUAGACCUAGUGUGAGAGUUGCUCGCUGCAUGUCAGUUAUAAACUCCUGAGAUGUACCUAUUGAAAAGUGCAACUUCUUCUUUUAAAUAGCAUUACUGAGUCAUUUCUUUAGUAAACUUUAUAAUUUAUUGAUUUCAAUCUCUUUAGAUCAAUGCUAUUUGGUCGGUUAGCGUGGCAUGUAUUAUCUACUCCGCUAUUACAGUACUCAGGUAUCAGGCAUGGGGUGUCGAAUGGCUGGUGUCAAACAAUGUUUCCUACUCCGACUACUCCGACAAGUUCUUUGUAAAGAAAGAUGUCAAGCUGAAGUACACUGAGCAGGAAAAUAAGGCAUUUGCUGUAUUUGGCAUCAUCAUUGUGUUCUCUAUGAUUGAAAUUAUCCUGGCUGCUGCUAUGGCAAAAGUCAGCGAUUCAAGCCACAAGGUGGCUCAGCAGCCUGUCAUCCCUAUGUACUAUGGGAUGUAUUAUCAGGUACCGUAA